AUGAGUCACUCUCUCAAGCUACUUCUUAGGAUAAUUCUUAAUAGAAUCAAGCAGAAAUGUGAAGACACAAUGGGAAAUAAACAAUUCGGUUUCAGAGAAGGAUUGGGAACAAGGGAAGCUUUGUUUUCAAUGCUAACACUACUUCAACGAUCAUGGGAAGUACAGAAACCAAUUUACGUCUGUUUUAUAGAUUUUGAGAAGGCGUUUGAUAGGGUUCAACAGGGUAGGCUGUUUGAAUAUCUAGAAAUAAUUGGAUUAGAUGAUAAAGAUCUGAGACUUUUACAACAUCUACAUUGGAAUCAAGAAGCUUCUAUUCUGGUAGACGACAAAGAAACAGACAAAAUUUGUAUUCAAAGAGGUCUUAGACAGAGUUGUGUGUUGUCUCCAACUUUGUUUAACGUUUACACAGAAAUAAUUUUUAACAAAGCCUUGGAUGGGCAAUGUGGAGUUCGAAUCGUGGGAGAAACUAUUAAUAAAAUCAGAUAUGCAGGUGACACCGCAAUCAUGGCUGAAAGUAUCGAAGAUCUUUAA